AUGGCCUCUCUCGCCGAUAUUUGCACUGUUAACUCUGUUUCCCACUCGGCGAGCUGUCCUGCAACGCCUACCAGAGGCAUUGGCAAGUUCGGAACCCCGCGAACCGUUUUCUCGCCUGUAAGCUACUCUCCUGCCAAGCCUGCUGCUUGCAACGUUGACGGCAAGACAUGCUGCAGCAUCGUGCUCCUGAAGAGCGUGAGGCCGCUGCUGGAGAAACUGGCCUCCCAAGGCGUCGCUGACGGGCAACACAAGCCCGCCAAGGUGCACGUUGUCCCUGACGCACCCGACGUGAAGCGGCCUGGAAUCGGCCGCUUCGGAGGCAAGCCUGCUGCUGCCGUGCUUGCACCUGCACCUGUGGUCGUCACUGCUGCUCCACUCCAACCAUCUGCUGCUGCUGCAGUCACACCGUCUGCUGUGGUUGCGCCUGUGGUGGUGCCUGAGGUAGCGCCUGUGGCUCCAGUGGCUUCAACCACACUACAGGUGCCUGAAGCGAGUGUGACAACAGAAAAAAUAUCCGAGGAGGCGAAUGCACGUGCUGCUGAUCCGAGUGAGAAAGCGAGGUGGGCGAAGCUGCGUCAGGAAGUUCAAGCUAUGGAUGUUGCAAUGACACGUGUUGCUUACCUGAGGAAUGGGUGCAGCAGCAAGGCGAGGCCAGCAGUGAGAGCGGGUGGCAAGGCCAGCAGCAGGCAGGCGAGUGGGGUGAAGCAGAGAGAGGAGGGUGGGUGUGGGGAGGGAGCAGCAGGGAGGGCAGCAGGUGGAAGGCAGGGUGGUGUGAAGGCAGCAGGUGGCAGAGCAGUGGCAAGUGGCGUGUGUGGCAGGGAGGGGGUGAAGCAGCAGGCGGGGAGGAGAGAGGGUUUGGUGCAUGAGAGGCCGGCGAGGCCGGGCUGCAGCAGCAGCAGGGCGCACAGAAAGAGCUCCUGA